UUAAAAGUAUAUAGAUAUAUAUACAUAUAGUAGGUCCCAUAUGUAUAAGUUCAUAUAUAUAUAUAUAGACACAUGCACUUCCCCUUCUCUUCAUGCUUUAAGUUUUUCCAACUUGAUCUUGAAUUUGAAGAUCUGCAAAGAGUACUACUUGUAUUCAAAAAGAGACCCUUCAGCCUUAAUCCUUAGUACCCACAUAUAUAUACACACACACACACAUACACAAACACGUAUGAAUAUAUUGUUCUCUUCUUUGAGAAUUCUAUAUCUGUCACCUGCUUGAUCUUCUCUCUUGCUCAAGCUUACCUCUUGAUCAUCAUCUUAAACUUGUUUCUCCAAAUGAAGCUUUCUCUAUUCAUCUUGGUCUCUCUCCUGCUUUUUUCUUCUCUCUUUUCUCAGAUUCAAGGAAUUCGCCUGGAAGAAGGAUUGAAAUCAGCUUAUCGACACCAUGUUGCUAAUAUCCAUGAGGAAGAAAGUAGAUUGAAGAAAAUAGAAGGAAUUGGAUGCAGAGAAGAAAAGUGUGAAGGAAACAAUAGAAAACUCUCCUCUACUUCUGCAACAAAUCUCAAGAACGCAAGUAAUAAUCCAACAAUACAGAAGGGCUUAUCAGAAAACACCGAAGUAAAGGUUAAUGAAGAUCGUCAAGAAGAUUUUCCGAUGAAUUCUCCGGCACCGCCAAGCAGCUCCAAACACCAAGAGGAGGGUUAUACAGAUGUUAUGGGGAUUACUGAAAUGGAUUAUUCUCCGGCAAGAAGAAAACCUCCAAUCCAUAAUUAAUUAUAUAAUUUAAUAUCAUUAUGGGAUCCUCAAAAGGAGAAUUAUACCUAUUAAAAUGAAAAAGAGAGAGAGAGUUACCCAAGAGAAACAAAAAGAGACUGAGAAGUAAGACAGCA